AUGGCCUCCGAGGUUCAUCAGAAUUAUUCCACUGAGGUGGAGGCUGCAGGCAACCGCCUGGUCAGCUUGCACCUGCGGGCCUCCUCCUCCUCCCCCCUCCCUGGGCUACUCUCUCGGGGGCACGAUGUGGCUGUGCCCGGCGUGGGCCACUUCUCCCGAGAGCUGGCCCAGGAGAAGCGCCUCGGGAUGCAGAGCCGGCGCCGCUCUUCCAGGAUGUGCAGAAGGAUGUGCACUCCAGAGUGGGAAAGCCCAGGAGGCCGCAGAAGCCUUGGCACUGGAGAGAACCGAACCCGGCUCUUUGGAUCUUCCACCCGCACAGACCCCCAUCUCUGUGACUUUCUGGAGCACCACUUCUUGGAUGAGGAGGAGAAGCGCAUCAGGAAGAUGGAGGACCUCCUCACCAGUUGUGCAGACUGGAGCCCUCGGCCCUGA